AGAAAAAUGUGUAAAUCAGCCUAGACAGAUACCACGUCAACUUAUCUAAAGAACUGUGGCCGGUUACGUAAUGAGGGGAAGAAAACAACAUAUACCUUGUUUAUCGUCCCGGACAGGAAUUUACUGGUAUUUCGGUCUCGGUGAAUUAUAUCAGCGCCGCUGGGUGAAUUGUUCCCGAUAAAUCUCAAAGUAUUUCCUUUCUAGUUCGGAAAAGUACUUUGGAGCCACGGCCCGAAGGGACAUGUAGCUCAGGUCAUCGACUGUUAAAAACUUGGGAAUUCGUAUAUUUGUGGAAAAGAGGCUCAAACUGUGAACCAGAUGUUGAAAAGAUGACCAUUUAUCUUUGGAUCAUACUCUUCUUGGCACAAAGUAGUAGAGCAAUCCAUGGUAAGUUUGAGCAAUUAUCACUAGACUGCACGGCUACGUCUCAUGAAUUUCUAAUUAGGCUAUACUGUUGAACUCCGUUUGGCGGAAUGCGUUUGUUCAGCGUUUGUUUGUCAACACCGAUCGAUGUUAUUUCAGGGGUUGAUAGUCCAAAACAAGGGACCAACACCACCGCUUAGGUGUUCUGCACACAAUUGAGUGUUCUCUCUCCAAAAGUUACAGUAGGACUCCCUAUCAAGACCUGGGUCAAAUACAUUCUGACAAAUACUUAAGGAUUUGAGGUGUUUAAUUUAUUUUGGGGUUUGCCGUUUUGGGCCUAUUCCAUUGGCUCCAAGUAUUUAAAAGGAUACUAUUUUUACAUAGGCCUACAGCAAGGAUCAUCAACUAGAUUCAGCCGCUGACCGAACAUAAUUAUAAAUUAUUUGUAGACUCCAAAAAGCCCAAACAGAUAUAAUGUUUGACUGAAACAUAAUAAUGUCAAACCUUCCUUACAUUUGUAUACGUUUACGUGUCUAUCUAUUAUGCGUGGGAAUACUUGGGAACAGAUUAAUGAAAUUAAAAGGGCUUGGAGUGGAUUUCCUGGUGUUUUUACAGACGUAAAAAUGUAUGCACACACGACUGUAAGUCGCUUUGGAUAAAAGUGUCGUAUUGUUAUUAUUGUUAUUAUUAUUACUUUUAUGUCCAACAAUGAAAAAAAAUGUUUUUUGCUCAGAAAACUUGGUGGGCCAAAUAAAACCACUUCUCUGCUGAUCCUCUCAAGCUCUGUCAGGUUGGAUGGGGAGCGUUACUGCACAGGUAUUUUCAGGUCUCCAGAGAUGUUAGAUUGGGUUCAAAUCCGGGCUCUGGCUGGGCCACUCAAGGACAUUCAGGGACUUGUCCCGAAGCCACUCCUGCGUUGUCUUGGCUGUGUGCUUAGGGUCGUUGUCCUGUUGGAAGGUGAACCGUCGCCCCAGUCUGAGGUCCUGAGCACUCUGGAGCAGGUUUUCAUCAAGGAUCUCUGUCUGUACUUUGCUCCGUUCAUCUUUCCCUCGAUCCUGACUAGUCUCCCAGUCCCUACUGAUGAAAAACAUCCCCACAGCAUGAUGCUGCCACCACCAUGCUUCACCGUAGGGAUGGUGCCAGGUUUCCUCCAGAUGUGACGCUUGGCAUUCAGGCCAACGAGUUCAAUCUUGGUUUCAUCAGACCAGAGAAUGUUGUUUCUCAUGGUCUGAGAGUCCUUAAGGUGCCUUUUGUCAAAUUCCAAGCAGGCUGUCAUGUGCCUUUUACUGAGGAGUGGCUUCCGUCUGGCCACUCUACCAUAAAGGCCUGAUUGGUGGAGUGCUGCAGAGAUGGUUGUCCUUCUGGAAGGUUCUCCCAUCUCCACAGAGGAACUCUGGAGUGCUGUCAGAGUGACCAUUGGGUUCUUGUUCACCUCCCUGACCAAGGCCCUUCUCCCCCGAUUGCUCAGUUUGGCUGGGCGGCCAGCUCUAGGAAUAGUCUUGGUGGUUCUAAACUUCUUCCAUUUAAGAACGUUGGAGGCCACUGUGUUCUUGGGGAUCUUCAAUGCUGCAGAAAUGUUUUGGUACCCUUCCCCAGAUCUGUGCCUCCACACAAUCCUGUCUCGGCGCUCUACGGACAAUUCCUUCAACCUCAUUGCUUUGUUUUUGCUCUGACAUGCACUUUCAACUGUGGGACCUUUAUUUAGACAGGUGUUCCUUUCCAAAUCAUGUCCAAUGAAUUGAAUUUGCCACAGGUGGACUCUAAUCAAGUUGUGGAAACAUCUCAAGGAUGAUCAAUGGAAAAACAGGAUGCACAUGAGCUCAAUUUCGAGUCUCAUAGCAAAGGGUCUGAAUACUUACGUAAAUAUGGAAUUAUUUUUUUUCCUUUUUAAUACAUUACAAAAACCUGUUUUCACUUUGUCAUUAUGGGGUAUUGUGUAGAUUGAUGAGGAUUUUUAUUUAUUUAAUCAAUUUUAGAAUAAGGCUGUAACGUAACAAAAUGUGGAAAAAGGGAAGGGGUCUGAAUACUUUCCGAAUGCACUGCAUAUUUAGUAUAGGAUACAUUUUCUGCCAUCUGUAAGUUUAAGAAACAUUUCCUUUUGCCUUAAUUCCUUUAACAAAAACCCACAUCUUUAAGAUAUUUUAUAAUGAAAGUUCACAGAAGUAACCAGUAAAGGUAGACCUAUCACUUAGUUAUAGUGCUUUUACUGAUAUCAAUUUUGUUUAUGAUUUUUGUGUAACAGAAUUUCCCAAAAAUUGGUAACGAGGAAAUGGUCACUGAGGAAAUGUUGGGAGUCUACUGUUGAUGAUACUUAUAGGAUUUUUCAGAGGUUGCUGUUGACGCAGAUUCCACAGUAAUUAUUGGGGUCAAAUUUGUCUUCACUUUUGUGGAUUGGGGUGAUCAGUCCUUGGUUCCAAAUAUUGGGGAAGAUGCCAGAGCUGAGGAUAAUGUUAAAGAGUUUCAGUAUAGACAAUUGGAAUUUGUGGUCUGUAUGUUUUAUCAUUUCAUUUAGGAUACCACCAACACCACAGGCCUUUUUGGGUUGUAUUUUGUCCUGUAGUUGGAGAAUCCAGUGGGUUCUGGUAAUCUUUAAUAGCUGUUUCCAUGAUUUGUAGUUAAUCAUGUAUAUGUUUUUGCUGUUUUUCUUUGUUAUGGAGACAAAAAGAUUUGAGAAGUGGUUUAUCCAUACAUCUCUAUUUUGGAUAGGUAGCUCUUUGUGUUGUUGUUCAGUGUGUGCCAAUUUUCCCAGAAGUGGUUAGAUUCUUUAACUACGCUGAUUUUUGACGUCUUCUUCCUUCUUUCUUAGUGUAUUACUUUUUUGUUUUAGUGUUUCACCAUAGUGAAGGUGUAGGCCCAGGUUUUCUGUGUUUUUGGUUGGAUAUGUUUCUCAAUUUCUUUCUUAGGGUUUUGCAUUCUUCAUCAAACCAUUUGUCAUUGUUGUUAAUUUUCUUAGGUUGUCUGCUUGACAUUUACAUUUGAUAGGGAAGUUGAAAGGUUAAAUAUACAGUUUAGGCUUUCUACUGCCAAGUUUACACCUUCACUAUUGCAGUAAAAUGUUUUGUCCAGGAACUUGUCUAUAUGGGAUUGGAUUUGUUGUUGCCCAAUUGUUUUUUGUGAGGUCUCUACACUACUUUCCUUCCAGCUAUAGUGUUUCUUAAUAGGACGUCAAUGUUUCACAAGUUUGGACAGCACAGUACAGUACAGAAAAGUUUAGUAUAGUACAAUAAAGAAAAGUAGAGUAUAGUCCUGUACAGUGGAGUUCAGUAGAGCACACUAGAGUACACUAUAAUAUACUGAACUAUACUCUACUUGACUAUACUCUACUGCACUGAACUAUACUAUACUCUACUGAGCUCUACUGUGCUGUACUUUGAUGUAACAACUUGUGAAACAUAAACAUCUAUGAUUGGUUCAGAUUUGGUCCGGACCAACCAAUUUUGGUCUUGUUUGGUGGCGGAGCUCAUUAAAAUAAUAGCCAGUGUGUAGAAUAAUACCCAAAUAUGCAAAAUAAGAUAUUGCAUAUUUCUACCUUUUUGUGUACCUAUUUAGGAUACAUUACCAUGAAGAAAAUGACAUUCAUAUCCAUAAUUAUGCAUUUAUGUGUAGCAUAGAUCAGGGACCCAUGAUGCAAUUCCGUAAAGGCAAUUAUUUUACCAGGUGUAAAUCCACUUCACUUACUGUUCAAUAACCAAAAUAUAUUUUUCUAACUCAGGCUGUCAUGUCAUAGCUGACACCCCAUUAUUUCUGCAGACAUCUUCGAAUCUUAAUUCGGAGGAGCUAUUUAACAGAGUUUUUGGAAAAUGUGGUCACAUAAAAAACAUUUUGUAGGCUACCUUUUGAGGGGUAUCUAGCUAGCUUUCCUGUAAUGCUCACUACUGCAUGUGUGUUGGAGUCUAACAUAGCCUUAGAUCCCAUCCAUUAUCUUUUCUUCCACAUCAUGUCAUUUAGAGUAGUGAAGGACCCCUAGUGAAGAAGAAAGGACCACAAUGAACUCUGGUGUCUCCUGACCUUUGACUUCUAGGACUCCUGUUCACCAAGAACCCCACCAACCUCACGGUAACCCAGGGCAACAUGGCUCGCCUGGGUUGUUCCAUCGAGGGCCUGAGUGAGCCGGAGAUCGUGUGGAUGAAGGACGGAGAGAAGCUGUACAGCACAGACCAGAUGUACAUCACCGUGGAGCAACACCACUGGGAGACCUUCCACAGGUCAGCGCUUUGGUUCAGUCUCCUACUGUGAGACCUUUAUUGUGAGAACAUAAUGUGGGACUUUUAUUUUGUUAUCAGUCACUCCGGCUUUUGGGGGAAAGAGCAAGGGUUGAUGAGUAAUGCUUCAGUUUAGAUUUUCUCCCAGUGUCCAUGGUCAUUCUUAUCACCAUCCUUACACUACCAUUGUUUAGACGGGUACAGAUAGGUACUCUACUCCAUCUGACAGAACUAAGCACAGAGAGCAAUUGGAUUUCACAAUGCUGAAUUCAAUCUAUUUCACCAGAAAUCAUUGGGAGGCUGUUUUGCAAAUCAUCAUCCUUAUCGCAAGCAAACUAACCUUUACUUGAAGUGUUGCAAAGCACUGAGCUCACUCACCAUCACCAGAUGGAGCUAUCCUGGCAGUUAGUUGAAACAUCAGAGAAAGUGCUUCUAAGUUUAAUCAUAAAGCUGGUCAAAUAACAUUAAUUGUAGCUUAAAGCAUUGUUUUUUAUCCUUCAAAAGUCUUCGCUCUUGUGUGAAUUCAAUAACGUUGUCAGUCUGCCUUAAAUAUGCUGUGGAUGUUUGGAGGUAUUACUACAGGUAAUAGCCAACAGCAUGUAGGCAGGCAUGGCGUGUUAUGGUAUGAGUUUGUUCUGUGUUAUGGAGAAACAUGCGGUGUAAUAUCGUAAAUAGAGGUAGUGAUGCUGUUCCUGGCUUUGAAUACUUUCUCCCCCUCUGACUCAACAUCAGACCUGGGUUUAAAUACUAUUUGAAAUCUUUCAAAUACUUUGAGCGUUUUCUUUAGCCUGCCUGGAGUGCCAUGUAGGUGGGAUUUUCACUUCUGGGACUUUUCUAUUGGUUCAAAUUGCAAUGGGUAAGCUUAAUCAAGCAAAUUAUUUCAAAUAGUAUUUGAACCCAGGUCUGCUAAAUAUGGCAGAAUAGAACUUACAGGAUUUUAGCAGGUUUGGGUGGUGUUGGGGGAGGUUUAAUAAUCAGCUUGGGGAUGCUUUGUUCCUGGCAGAAAGAGAAAGAACCUGUAAAUAACAUGGCUGGAGUGGAGACAGACAGUGGUCUACCCUUACCGUAACCGACACAGCAGGUAAACCAGACCCCAAAGAGGGGCAGGCAGGAUUGGAAUGCAGUCAGCUGCCUGUGACUGUGAGUAACUUAAAGCUUGAGGCAGACUGCUGGACCUGCUGGUAAAGUGAACUUGCAUCGCCAGUGGCAGCCGUUUUCUGUUAAUCUCAUGCACAUGUACUGGGCACUGAAGCUCAAAGGUCUGCAGUUUGAACUUCUCUAAAGUCUGAAACAUUUUUCCUGUUUCCUGCUCAUCAUCACACAACAAGAAUGUCCUAGAUAUCAGGGACAUUCACCAUAUGCUAUGUCUAGUCUAAAGAACUAGAAUGAUGUAAUAGAUAUCAUUUCUGUCAUAUUUCUGUGGUCCAGUGACUAGUCCUUCAUUGGUUGUUGGUUGGAGUGGUGAGUUUGGUGACGAUUGGUGUCAGAAGUGGGAUACCAUACCUAUGAGUGAAUAUGACCUGUCAAUGCUCACAAUGGUUUCCUGAGUGACUACUAACAUAAAUGCACUGUGUACUCCUGCCCCAAGCUACUUUAUUGAUCCAAUUAGUUAGUGUCCUACUCCAUCCCUCAACAUAUCCUCAAGGGGUUAUUUAUCUUAGUUUUAUUGUCUGUUUUUCUUCUCCUACCCAAUUAUGUGAUGGGCUUUUACCUAAAUGUUGCCUAAUGGGUCUCCCCUCCUCUAUCAUUUUGAAAUGUGCAAUAUUUAGCAUACUCUCAUGUAAAGUACUAGGAGAAUCAAUGAGUGUCUCUGUCUGUCCGGGUGGUUUCAGUGUGAAGUCUGUCCAGCAGCAGGAUGCAGGGAAGUACUGGUGUGAGGUAGAGUUCCAUGGCUUGACCAUCUCCUCUGAGCCCGCCUGGAUAACAGUAGAGGGUAAAUCAAUCAAUACAUUUAAAUCAAUACAUUUAGCCCUCUGUCUGCAUGCCUGCGUCUUGGUAAAUCCAUAUGAAUUCAAUCACUUUUUGACAGCAUCCCUUUUGAUUUAAACACAACUUUCCAUACAUGUUUGCCUAUGGAAGAAGUGGUCAGAAAGUGACUUUUUGGACCUGAACGCCGAACAAUUCAGGAGAUAAAGGUGCUCAAAGUUGACCCAUUCUUCAUACCAUGAGACAUCCAUGUCUUCAUCACUGGAAAACAUAAACGGUUGAAUUUGAUGUAAUUUAAAAGCUUCAAACAGGGUUGUCAAACUAUUUUAUAACUUCUUGAAUUAAAAAAAAACCUUUUACAGUUAUUAGUAAAAACAACAUGUACACUUUUUUCAUAUUCGCAUAUGUUGUAGCUUAGACCCUACUUUACAUCAUCUGAAGUUUUUGUGUUGUGCCCGCCAUUGGUUGAGACACAACAUGCUCUUGAAUACAGGGUGGGUGACAUUUCAAUCCUAGAAAUAGAAUUCGUAGAAUGGACCUAUCCAGCAAUUUAGCUGGUACACUAUUGACAUUUUAAUUUCUAAUUACUACCACAAAGAUGGCCGCUGGUCCACCCACCGCCUGUCAACUUAAAUGGUCAUGUGUAUUCUAUAUUUCUAUGAUUUCAAUGGGUUCCCUAUGGAGGAUUGACCGUAUAAUUUAAAACAACAGAUAAUCCAACCGUCUUUGUGGUAACAUUCUAAAGUAUUCCCAUUUUAGUACAUUUAUCAGCCAAAACAUGACAACAACCCUGUAUUCAACCGGUGGCGGGCACAACACAAAAACCUUAGAUUAUGUAAAAUAGGGUCGGUCUAAGCUACAACAUAUACAAAUAUUAAAAAAGUUUAUGCGAUUUUAGAUAAUUGACGUAAACUUUAAGCACCUUUUAUCUCUUAAUGUUUUGGCAUUCAGGUCCAAAAAGUCACUUUCUGAGCACUUCUACAAUGGGCAAAUAUGUAUGGAAGGUUUCGCUCAAAUCAAAAGGGGUGCUGUCAAGAAGUUAUUGAAUUAAAAUGGAUUUACCCCUCUCUCUCUCUCUCUCUUUCUCUGUUCCCAUCUAUCUCCAGGUGUCCCCCACUUUAUACUUGAGCCCCAAGAUGUAGCCACAUUCCCUGGGGUGCCCUUUAACCUGACGUGUGCUGCUGUGGGCCCCCCGGACCCAGUGGAGGUGGUCUGGUGGCUGGGGGGAGUACGGAAGGUUGAUGUCACUUCCUCGCCAUCUGUACUCCAUGUUAACGGUAAGUCUCUACCGGGCUGUUUCUCAAUAGUCUUUACUCAGUCUCUUUAGUCUUUACUUGAAUCCGUGCAUCCUGUCUCCUCGCCUUCUUCUCAAAACACAUUGGAGGAGAAUAUCACACUGGCUGGUUAAAUCAAUAGUGACAUAUGAAUCAUAAGAAUAUCAGAUUUCGUUUUCACAUGCUGUUAGUUCAGUAAGGUGGACUGCCAUCGGUCUGUUGUAAGAGCUUCUCAGACAUGAGUCAUACAUUACAAGGAAGAGAUAUUGGUUAUAUGGCAUUCAAGCUGCUCCUAGAGAUCUGCGCGUGAGUUGGAAAUAGAACUGUUUGAAUGGUAGAACGAAGCCAAAGGUUAUUCUCAGUGGGUGGAACGCUACUGAAGGGCUUUCUUGCUCUUUCCUCUAUGAGGGUUUACACUCAGAUGUUAUCUAUGCUAUGCUGAUGUCUACCAGUAAAUACACAGUACUUUUUUCUAUGGGCACAGCACUGUAUACAGCACAGAAUGUAUGACAUGUAUUUUUGUUGGCUAUAGAUAGGGAAACCUAUACCCUCACCUGUAAUAUAAUGUUUCCCCUUAUCUGAAAGAACAAAUGUUAUGACUUGAGAGUGGAAAUGCACUGUAAUUGGUUGAAAACGCAUACAAGUGUAAAUGUUUGUUUGAUACUUGUAGUCCACAAGAGUGGAUUGACUGGUUUUUCAUUAGAAGUCUGCUUCAUUCCCUUCUCGUGAUAUGUAAGCCUUUCGCCUUAGUGGCUCGCCUCCUUCAUUUCCUGCUUAUGUUUAGCUGGUUCAGUUCCUCUGCCCUAUGUAACUGGACCUGCACCUUCCUCUGCUGUUACUCUGGUGGAUCUCAUUCAUCUCAAUCAAUAUUGCUGACCAGAGUAUAUAGGUAUUCCCUAUUAGUGCACUACUUGACUUGACUUACAAAGACUUUGCUGCUGAGUUCUAAUUCGGAGUCAGGAAUGAAGAAACGGAUGUUUACCUAGAAUGUGAGAGUAGCCAGACGUGUUUCAGUCCAGCUGAUGGUUCCCUGUUAUGACCCUGGCAUGUUUUUCUGUGAAUGUCAGUCAGUGGAUGACUAACCAGGUAGUGGCCCUCAGUGCCUGGUAUUGUGUACUGUACUGUACAAUACACACACACACACACACACACACACACGUUUGUUUUACUAUCCUUGUGGGGACCAAACAAUUGAUUCCCAUUCAAAAUCCAAUUUCCCUAACCCUUAACCUAAACUUAACCCUAAUUGUAAACCUAACCCCUAAGCCUAAAAUAGCCUUUUUCCUUGUGGGGACCGGCUAAAUGUCCCCACUUGUCCGAAUUUUCCUUGUUUUCAUAAUGUUCACAGUGUGAAAAUUACUCAUUUACAUGGGAGAAACAGACUGUUGGUCAGGCAUAGUAGCAGGUGACUGGUUUAAUUCACUCUUGGCAUCGACUAAACGCUUACCUUUAAAGGGCUCUGGCUUGCGUAGAUCACUUAACACGUUUCCCUCCUCUGUUCCCUGUCCCUGUAGGUGUGAAUAACAGCAUCAAGUUCUACUGUGAAGCCAAGAAUGCCAGAGGUAUCUCAGUAUCGCGAACAGGCACUGUGCACAUUAAAGGUGAGAAAUUAAUGAAUAAUCAAUGCUGUCAUGAGUGUGACUAAGGCAUUUUUCUAAUUAGAAUAUGCUGCCUGAUGAAGUUUGGUUAGUCAAUGCACAUUGCAGUAUGCUGCUGUUACUUAGCUAUUCUUGUCUGCUCCUCGUCCAGCUUCUGUGCAGAGUUGGAUGUUUGUAAAUCUAAAACCCUGUCUUUUCAUUGACUGUAGUCCUCCCAGCAGCCCCUAAAGGUGUGCAGGUGGUCCAUGUGGUGGAGAACAAUGUCACGCUGGCCUGGAGCCCUGGCUUCACUGGACACUCUGACCCGUCAGUCUGCACCAUCCAGGUAAAAAUGUGUAUUCAAUUCUAAUACUCCAGUCCCACAGAUAAAAAUGAACCAAACCAGCACAACUGAGAUGUCCGGCCAGUGCUGUAGAUUUGGCUAAAUUAUAUUUAGAUGUUCAAUAAAGCAGUUAUGAUAUAUACAAGCAAACUGACACACUCAGUCAGAAGUUAAAUGUAUUUACUGAUUUUUAAGAGAUGUGGUUGUUGUUGUUGAAAGUAGUCUGUCAGUGCAAUUUAGGAUGGGAGUGACAACCAUCAGAAUGUAUAUUAAUGCCUUGGAUCAAUGCUUAGCCAAGACUGAGAUAAUGAAAAUAAUUAUUUCUUGUUUUUUGGGGCGGCACCUUGAGUAUUAUUAUUUUUCAUUCUUUGAAUGAAAGAAUUUGCCAAUGAAAACAUGACAAUUUCACCUCAAUGAUAAGAUAAUGACAUAUCAUGCAUUUUUCACAUCCUCUCACAUUUAUCCUAGAACUUAACCCUUAUGGAAUGUUUUCCUUCCUUCAAACCUCUUGCAGAUGUCUAAGAACUCUGGGAGGAAGGUGGAACUUCCGGACCAGCGUGUAAAGGUUCCACCAUUCCAACAGAUCCUCAGUGGGCUGAACUGCUACUCCAACUACAGCGUUAGAGUGUGCUGUGACAAUGAGGUUGGGACCUCCCCAUUCUCUGGCUGGCUGGAGUUUCAGACACCAGAAGCAGGUGGGCGUCCAGUCAAUAGAAUAAAUAAUGACAUAUCAGCUCUUUUGUUUAUCAACUGUUUUUCGUCAUUGGCUGCACCCCAAAUGGACUUCCUGACGGGCCGCCCCCAGGUGGUAAGGGUAGGUAACAACACAUCCGCCACGCUGAUCCUCAAAACGGCGGCCCCUCAGGAGUGCGUGCUCAGUCCCCUCCUGUACUCCCUGUUCACUCAUGACUGCAUGGUCAGGCACGACUCCAAACACCAUCAUUAAGUUUGCCGAUGACACAACAGUGGUAGGCCUGAUCACCAACAAAGACGAGACAGCCUAUAGGUAGGAGGUCAGAGACCUGGCCGUGUGGUGCCAGGACAACAACCUCUCCCUCAACGUGAUCAAGACAAAGGAGAUGAUUGUGGACUACAGGAAAAAGAAGAGGACCGAGCACGCCCCCCUUCUCAUCGACGGGGCUGUAGUGGAGCAGGUUGAGAGCUUCAAGUUCCUUGGUGUCCACAUCACCAACAAACUAACAUGGUCCAAGCACACCAAGACAGUCGUAAAGAGGGCACGACAAAACCUAACCUAAGGAGACUGAAAAGAUUUGGCAUGGGUCCUCAGAUCCUCAAAAGGUUUUACAGCUGCACCAUCGAGAGCAUCCUGACUGGUUGCAUCACCGCCUGGUAUGGCAACUGCUCGGCCUCUGACCUCAAGGCACUACAGAGGGUAGUGCGUACGGCUCAGUACAUCACUGGGGCCAAGCUUCCUGCCAUCCAUGACCUCUAUACCAGGCGGUGUCAGAGGAAGGCCCUAACAAUUGUCAAAGACUCCAGCCACCCUAGUCAUACACUGUUCUCUCUGCUACCGCACGGCAAGCGGUACCAGAGCGCCAAGUCUAGGUCCAAAAGGCUUCUAAACAGCUUCUACCCCCAAGCCAUAAGACUCCUGAACAUCUAAUCAAAUGGCUACCCAGACUAUUUGCAUUGCCAUCCCACCCCUCUUUUACGCUGCUGCUACUCUCUGUUUAUUAUCUAUGCAUAGUCACUUUAAUAACUCUACCUACAUGUGCAUAUUACCCCAAUUAUCUAGACUAACCGGAGCCCCUGCACACUGUUUUUUAAUUAUUAGUAACUUUUUUUUUUUUUUUUUUUUUUUUAAAUUCUUUCUUAAAACUGCAUUGUUGGUUAAGCGCUUGUAAGUAAGCAUUUCACUGUAAGGUCUACACAUUUGUAUUCGGCGCAUGUGACAAAUAACAUUUGAUUUGAUUUGAAAAUGGCACCCUAUUCCCUAUGUAGUGGACUUCUUAUGGGCCAUGGUCAAAAGUAGUACACUACAUAGGGAAUAGGGUGCCAUUUAGAAUACACACAUUGUCAACCGACCGACCACAUCACCAGCUGGACAUCAAAAGCACAUGAUGAUUCAUGUAACAAAAUGGCAGGUGGCGAUCUUAUCACAAUGGGAAAAUAACAUCAUGCUUUGUGUUUGUUGGCCCUCUGUACCUCACAGCCCCACAGCCGACUUUUCAAAGUUGUUACACUGUCAAAGUACUAGAACUUGAACUAAAUCCUUUCAUAUAGGAUACCGUCUAAGUUGAUGGGUUUUAAAUAAGGUUUGUUGUUGAGAUAAGGGGUACAUACAGGCAGCAGAGUGGUCAUGGGAGGGAGUCUGAUGAGGGGAGCAAUGCAGUGCAGUGGUGGUUUCUGGGGGCGACCUUGUUUGUAUGUUUAUAAACUGGCAGUGCUGGACACAGGCCAGUCGAUUCCAGGACUGUUGGUACAAUGAAGCAUUGUACAUGCCCUCAAUCCAUAUCAAUGUGCUGCAGUGCUGAACUAAGGCCUGUUGCCUCAGUGUCACCACACGCUGGUUAGGGAUACCAUUACAGGGAGACCAUGGCCUCUCAUUUGGGGGUGAACUCACUCUUAUAGAUCAACCAAUUUUUUGUGAGUGCUCUUAGGUCAAAGACACUGAUUGAGUAGUGAUUUCCCUCUCCCUGCAAAUCUCUCCUGAGUUUAGAGCAGAUGGUGUUUUAAAUAAUUAACUGACUGAUGGCAGUAGCAGAAGUUUAUAAUUACAGCAUUGACAUAUACCAAAACUACCUUUUUAUAAUGUUCUUUAUGAUAAAAUGUAAGGUGUUCUAAGGUGUUAAAUGUAGGUGUAUUCAUUAACACUGUGCCCCUGUGUGUUAUUCCUCCCCAGUGCCCUCUGCUGCCCCCCGGAACCUGACCUUUGACCUAACAGAGCAGCAGCUGUCCCUGAACUGGGCGACCUUGGAGGACGAGGAGCUGCAGGGGAAACUGAUGGCCUACAAAGUCCAGUGGAACCUGGGAAAAGAAGGACAGGUAGGAUACAGCCUCAUACACCUGUACACAACAGAGAGACAGCCUCAUACACCUGUACACACUGGAGAGACCGCCUCAUACAACUGUACACACUGGAGAGACCGCCACGUACACCUGUACAGGGGCGGUGUGUUCAUUAGGGCGAUAUGGGCGACGCACUGCCAAAUGGGAAAAGGAAGGGAUUUUUUUUCUAAUCAAUUAUAUCACGGCAACAGUAGUUAUCAGUGUUCUAAUCUAGACGUCUGAUCUGCCACUAAAUGUCCAAUCAGGCUAAAGUCGUGCUUCAAAUGGCCCCGCCCCUUUUGGGGCGAUUUCGACUUAGCUGAUGACAUUUGUGGCAGGGUUAGCGAUAACUAUUUGCCGAAUAUUUAGAAAAAAAAUCCCUUCCUUUCCCAUUGGCAUGCGUCGCAUAUCGCCUAAUGAAACCCCCCAGUAAGGGUACUGGCGUCUCUCGUGGUAAGUGUAUGACAGUCUCAUCGCCCCAUGAAGUCUUCAUAGACUUCAUUAAAAUCUUUUUUUUCAAAUAUCAGAGCUUUCAAAACAAUCUCUAUGGGUUCCGGGAGGGCUUGCACUUACGCGCUUUCGUCAUACGUAACAUAACCCUGACGUAACUAAAAAAGAGCGGGUAGCAUCGUCAAUCAAUUCACGUACUACUGUCAAGAUGGCUAGCGUUUCAGUGCAACUCGAUUGUCUCUUUUGAAAGAAGUUCCUUUUUGUCGGCGAACAAAUCAAGAUAAAUUGGCAACGAAACAAUUAGGACCUCCCAGACCAAAUUUAAUAAUUCAACAGGUUUCUACUAAAGGGGGAAAGUCCUACACCCGAGGAUUUUCCAAAAAUUGGUACGAACGAAAAACCUGGCUAGCAGGCUGCGAUGUAGCUAAUGCAGUCUUCUGCUACCCCUGCUUACUCUUUCACCCUGAAGGCGGCACGGCAGACAGCACCGCUUGGACAGCGACUGGUGUAACGGACAUGCACCAUCUUUCAGAAAAGAUUAAGAAACACGAGCUGUCAAAGACCCACAUGGAUAGCUGUUUGAGAUUGUCUGCUUUGGGGAGAGUGAACAUUGCCACUCAACUGGAUGAGGGAUACAGGCUAGCUGUCCGCCGCCACAACGAUGAGGUUAGCAAGAACCGCCACAUCCUCAGCCGGCUAAUCCAGUGUGUGAAGUUUUGCGGAGUGUUUGAGUUAGCUUUGCGAGGCAAAGAUGAAACUGAGGGCUCCACCAACCCUGGUAUUUUUCUUGGACUUGUUAACUUUGUGGCACAAUUAGAUGAGGUGUUUUAUGGAAAUGCAUAUUGUUUAUGCAGUGUUGAGGAAUGUGAAAGGAAUUUUUACUGUGAUAACUUAUUUUGCUUUUGUAAGCCAACACAUUUGAGAUCAGUCAAUAAAUGCUUCUGGUAUUGACUUAUAUGCUGCCCCUGUCUUCAUGUUGUUGCUGGACAUAUCUUUUUUUAAAUGUGUGUAGGUCACCUAAAUCAUCAGAAAAAUUGCCCCCCCUGAGAAUUUUUUCAGGAGCUGCCACUGCACCUGUACACUGUAGUGGAAAUUCUAAUCAAUAAUGAGGAGAGACAAGGUCCAUCACCAAUCAGGAUAUUACUUAAUUCAAAACGUAUUAAUAAGGUAAUAACGAGGCUGGUCGGCCCAACACUCUUGAUUGUUGGGCUGAGAGCCCCGACACAAAGAAUACAAAGAUCAUUUAUAGCAAAGAUACACCCUCUUAGUCUACAUGACAAAUACAGUGGGGGAAAAAAGUAUUUAGUCAGCCACCAAUUGUGCAUGUUCUCCCACUUAAAAAGAUGAGAGAGGCCUGUAAUUUUCAUCAUAGGUACACGUCAACUAUGACAGACAAAAUGAAAAGAAAAAAUCCAGAAAAUCACAUUGUAGGAUUUUUUAUGAAUUUAUUUGCAAAUUAUGGUGGAAAAUAAGUAUUUGGUCAAUAACAAAAGUUUCUCAAUACUUUGUUAUAUACCCUUUGUUGGCAAUGACACAGGUCAAACGUUUUCUGUAAGUCUUCACAAGGUUUUCACACACUGUUGCUGGUAUUUUGGCCCAUUCCUCCAUGCAGAUCUCCUCUAGAGCAGUGAUGUUUUGGGGCUGUCGCUGGGCAACACGGACUUUCAACUCCCUUCAAAGAUUUUCUAUGGGGUUGAGAUCUGGAGACUGGCUAGGCCACUCCAGGACCUUGAAAUGCUUCUUACGAAGCCACUCCUUCGUUGCCCGGGCGGUGUGUUUGGGAUCAUUGUCAUGCUGAAAGACCCAGCCACGUUUCAUCUUCAAUGCCCUUGCUGAUGGAAGGAGGUUUUCACUCAAAAUCUCACGAUACAUGGCCCCAUUCAUUCUUUCCUUUACACGGAUCAGUCGUCCUGGUCCCUUUGCAGAAAAACAGCCCCAAAGCAUGAUGCUUCCACCCCCAUGCUUCACAGUAGGUAUGGUGUUCUUUGGAUGCAACUCAGCAUUCUUUGUCCUCCAAACACGACGAGUUGAGUUUUUACCAAAAAGUUCUAUUUUGGUUUCAUCUGACCAUAUGACAUUUUCCCAAUCCUCUUCUGGAUCAUCCAAAUGCACUCUAGCAAACUUCAGACGGGCCUGGACAUGUACUGGCUUAAGCAGGGGGACACGUCUGGCACUGCAGGAUUUGAGUCCCUGGCGGCGUAGUGUGUUACUGAUGGUAGGCUUUGUUACUUUGGUCCCAGCUCUCUGCAGGUCAUUCACUAGGUCCCCCCGUGUGGUUCUGGGAUUUUUGCUCACCGUUCUUGUGAUCAUUUUGACCCCACGGGGUGAGAUCUUGCGUGGAGCCCCAGAUCGAGGGAGAUUAUCAGUGGUCUUGUAUGUCUUCCAUUUCCUAAUAAUUGCUCCCACAGUUGAUUUCUUCAAACCAAGCUGCUUACCUAUUGCAGAUUCAGUCUUCCCAGCCUGGUGCAGGUCUACAAUUUUGUUUCUGGUGUCCUUUGACAGCUCUUUGGUCUUGGCCAUAGUGGAGUUUGGAGUGUGACUGUUUGAGGUUGUGGACAGGUGUCUUUUAUACUGAUAACAAGUUCAAACAGGUGCCAUUAAUACAGGUAACGAGUGGAGGACAGAGGAGCCUCUUAAAGAAGAAGUUACAGGUCUGUGAGAGCCAGAAAUAUUGCUUGUUUGUAGGUGACCAAAUACUUAUUUUCCACCAUAAUUUGCAAAUAAAUUCAUAAAAAAUCCUACAAUGUGAUUUUCUGGAUUUUUUUUUCUCAAUUUGUCUGUCAUAGUUGACGUGUACCUAUGAUGAAAAUUACAGGCCUCUCUCAUCUUUUUAAGCGGGAGAACUUGCACAAUUGGUGGCUGACUAAAUACUUUUUUCCCCCACUGUAACAGAUGUAUGAAUGGGUCACAAGGUGAGACUUGAUAUAUGAGAAAGGAGUAUCUCCCAUCCAGAUAGCAUUUGCUAUGAAGACUGUUUUUACUGUAUGGAAACCAGAGUUUGGCCCCCAAGACAAGGUUCCUCUCAUCAUUAUCCAUACCCGAGCCAUCUCUCCCUGGUACCUUACAUUACACAAACACCAACUCAAUCUAUGGAAUGCAUGCUCAGUCAGACCGAGCCAUCUUCCUCACAUGAAUAGAAUGUGGCUUGUUUGGUUUAUCACCUAAUAAUAAUAAUAAUAAUAAUAAUAAUAAUAAUAAUAAUAAUAAUAAUAAUAUGCCAUUUAGCAGACGCUUUUAUCCAAAGCGACUUAGUCAUGCGUGCAUACAUUUUUGUGUAUGGGUGGUCCCGGGGAUCGAACCCACUACCUUGGCAUUACAAGCGCCGUGCUCUACCAUCUGAGCUACAGAGGACCACCUAAGGCAUCGUAAAUCUACUGUCAGUAUUAACACAGACACAUGAGAUUUCUAAGAACCCUAUUCUAUUGCAGAAAACAACCAUUUGAUGCAAUAACAGUAUUACAACAUAAUCUUGUAAUUGUUGCUCUCACAUUCCCUCAUUUUGAAAAUACUCUCAAAAUUUAAAAGAAAAUUACAAGGUUUAAAGAGAUAUUAAUACACAUGUAGAAAGUGCAUACAUUCUUCAUAGAGCAAGAAACAUAAAAGCAAUAAUUCAUUGUGACCGGCUGCUAUAGCACGGGCUCAGCCUCCUCCCAAGAAACUUAGCACAGUCUCCCAUUUCAACCUCCAACACAUAUUCUAAGCAUUCUACCAAUUUGUCUGGGGAGGUCAUGAUACACAGUCACCUGCACGAACCCAUGAAGAAAAUCAAAAGAUGCAUACAGUUUAUAUGAUUCAAGACUAUAUCUUCAUAGACAGUGAAAAGCAAAUAUUGAAUGCAUAAUGCAGUGCAUUCAACAAUGGAGUUUAAUAAAAUAAACUUUAGUUAUCUAGCACACUCCAAUGGAUCAGCAUGGUGGAAAUAACUAUUGCCAUCCCCAUAACACCAUCUGUAGAAACUAAAAUGAGCAUAUCUUGUUGGACAAAUCCUGGUAGGGAUUCCCGGUUUAAGUAAAAUGUCUUCAGUUUGGUGCCUAAUGAACAUGACCUAGGACAAGCAUAGUUCCUGAGUAUUAACAUUAUCAUCAAAAAUGUCAUAUGGAUAUAUAUCAAAUAGAUUAGGAUCAGUUUUACUCUCCCUCCAUUCACCAGGGCAUGCUGAGAAUAGUGUCAACAUCUUUAGUACACACAACUUCUUUACCCAUGUCACAAUUAGUAUAACAACAAUCAAUCCAUAAUACAUUAAUUGCUUCACUCAUAUAGUUAUUAACAUACUAACAACUUACUCAAAUCAAUCAGUCAGUUUACAAAUCCUAAUCAAAACCCAAUUAACUAUCCAAACCAAAUUUAGAAUGACAAUUCUUAGUGAUUCACAUUGGUCCUGUCACUCAAAAGUUAAAACCCUCAAUUUAGCACACAUCAACACUGGCAGAAUGUAAAUUUAUAUUAACAUACAGUAUAAUUAUCCAUAAUUCUAGCAUUAGCUUCCUCAUAAGGAGAAUAACUACCAAUCAGUAUCUCAAUGCUUUCUUAGUCUAAAUUACUAUACAUUUAGCAGUGUGUAGACAUCCUUAAUCAACCUGAUACCCCAAAUAACAAUUUUGGACAAGUCCAAAUCAAUUACGGGCACAGUUGACCAACCCCUUCCAUCCCCGGCACUCAAUCUUCUGGCGUCUCCCCAUUUUCUUCUUCAGAUAGCUUUAUAGUUCAAAAUGGAUGGCCCAUGAAAAUGUCCCAAUAUCAAUUUCUCACAUGGGCUGCCACCACCUUUACCACCCAUUAUGUAUUGUCCAUUUGCCAACCAGCAACAUUUAGUGAAGUUUGGAACAGAUCUCUCUUCAUGCUCACUCCACAUGGACUCCUGUCACACUCCUGAGAGAAAAGGCAUGAGAGAAAAAGCAGUUGAUAGCUUUGAUUGGAUGCUGUGUACAGGUUGCUGGCUCGGACUCAGGUCUCUCUGUAGAAGUGGUGCAGAACAGGGCCGUAUUGAACGCCAUUUUCUUCAACCGGUUAGAGGGGGUUUUGACGUUCACACCGUUCUUGGCCGAAUUAUCACUUUCAUGCAUGUAGAUACCAUCUGUAGUCACGAUCACCAUAAACUUGAGAGAGGACAGAUCAGAACAACAGUUUAGUUCAGUUCAUUUCUGAUUCAGGAAAGCCAGACAAACAUUGGCUAUGACAAAUCAUUACUUUUACCAAGUAUUCUUAAUACCAAUUUCUAAUAUACUCCCCUUAUCACUCCGUCGGCUUCACCGCAGAGUCACAGGAUCAGGAAGUUAGACUAACCCAUCGGGAGAAAUCCCAACUAUCCAGCAGACCCAAUCUGGUGAGAUUUGUAUCGAAAACAAAACAAACAACACAACAACACUCCUUCAUAUAUCACUCGAUACACUUCUAUAUAUCACUCAAGGUUUGUAAAACUUCAAUCCAAAAUCCUUCAGAGGACUGGUAAUUCCCCCAUUUUGACACAUGACUCACAAUGUGAUUAAUGUGUAAAAACAACAACACUACUGGUGAAAUAAAAACCAAUUUAAAAUAACAAAUGCAUAAUAACUCCUUAAAGAAAAAAUGGUACCCAUACGGUCAUAGGAAAAUAGACUUAAAACAGCUUUAUGAUACGUAUCAGUUUAUGAUACGCGACUUUGCAGAGAAAAUGUGCUCUCUUGUCAGGACGCUGUUCAGACAAAAGAAAGACAAUCCAUGACAUUCAUUUGAGCUGAUUUUAAUAAAUGAAACCAUACAUUCUCUUUGUUAUCACAGAUGACAUAGCUAUAGCUACCUAUUGUAUGUCACAUUUAUCUGUACAUUCUCCUGGAUGGUGCAUUGGUUGAAAUAUCUGAGUCUGUGCUACUACUUCUGCUGCCUUGCUUCAGCCUUUUGGGUGUUGAUGGGUGCUGCAGUGUUCCCUUUGUUUUCGGCCAGGAUGUUGCUCCAGCAUAUUCUGUCUGUCAGUGAGGGACGCCAGUAGCUAUGGAGCGAACCUUCGCACCGAUGCCCAAUCACUGACAUAAUGUCCCUCGCUUCUAAACCAGCAUUGGCCAGUUUCUGGACUGUCGUGGUCCUAAUGCUGUGAUUUGUGUAUGUAGUUGUACCCGCUGCCCUGCAGAUCUUGGGUAGAAGUGCUGCCAGAUAGUUCACGUCCAUCGGCUCUGACGUGUACCAGAUCGAGUCCCCGAUACUCUCCUUCGGUGGAGAUAAAAUGCAAGGGCGUUCUCCGGGCAUUUCGAUAGAUAUUUCUCCAGUGAUGCCACCGGGUAUAGUGGGUUCCCUGGCUGCCCGAACAUUAAUCCCCUCUUGGACUCCCUGCCCCUCUUCCUUGGGUCCAGAUGAUUCUUUGUGGCCUCGUUAUAUAUGAGAGUGGCAUAUCUGAGAGGGAGAAUGCGUUGUUAUAAUAUUGUUUUCCAGUAGCUUAAUUACGAGUGCAACUUAGAAAUAACACAAACAGGCAAUGAACAACUGUUCUCGUCAGUUUUUACGAGGAAUGAGUUGGGCUUUAGUUGUCUGUUCCCCUCUUUUCCUUUUCGACCCAGAUGUAACUGGAGGUCGAACCACACUUUCUGGACCAGACCCCUUGGUGUACCGGAAUUCAGAGCCUGUGAGUUUUGGAGCUGGGCCAUGUCCUUAUCGUGAUGGAGGGGGGCUGUUUGUGAUAUAUUUUCCUUGCCUUCUUAGCUGUUUGAUGUUGCCCAGAAAUGCAUGAUUCGAGGUGGUAAAUUCAGUGUCCUUCAUAAGGCACCAGCUGCGACCGAUGGGUGGGUCAUUUAGAAACCAUUUUAGUUUUCGCAACAAAGUACCGAUUUAGCCAGUCAACUGAAAAAAAGGUUUGUAUGUUGCCAUGACAAGCAGCUCAAUUUGCUGUCUGUCUCGUUCAGACACAUUCACUUUACAGUGGGGAAAAAAAGUAUUUAGUCAGCCACCAAUUGUGCAAGUUCUCCCACUCCCAAAGAUGAGAGAGGCCUGUAAUUUUCAUCAUAGGUACACGUCAACUAUGACAGACAAAUUGAGAAUUUUUUUUCCAGAAAAUCACAUUGUAGGAUUUUUUAUGAAUUUAUUUGCAAAUUAUGGUGGAAAAUAAGUAUUUGGUCACCUACAAACAAGCAAGAUUUCUGGCUCUCACAGACCUGUAACUUCUUCUUGAAGAGGCUCCUCUGUCCUCCACUCGUUACCUGUAUUAAUGGCACCUGUUUGAACUUGUUAUCAGUAUAAAAGACACCUGUCCACAACCUCAAACAGUCACACUCCAAACUCCACUAUGGCCAAGACCAAAGAGCUGUCAAAGGACACUAGAAACAAAAUUGUAGACCUGCACCAGGCUGGGAAGACUGAAUCUGCAAUAGGUAAGCAGCUUGGUUUGAAGAAAUCAACUGUGGGAGCAAUUAUUAGGAAAUGGAAGACAUACAAGACCACUGAUAAUCUCCCUCGAUCUGGGGCUCCACGCAAGAUCUCACCCUGUGGGGUCAAAAUGAUCACAAGAACGGUGAGCAAAAAUCCCAGAACCACACGGGGGGACCUAGUGAAUGACCUGCAGAGAGCUGGGACCAAAGUAACAAAGCCUACCAUCAGUAACACACUACGCCGCCAGGGACUCAAAUCCUGCAGUGUCAGACGUGUCCCCCUGCUUAAGCUAGUACAUGUUCAGGCCCGUCUGAAGUUUGCAUUUGGAUGAUCCAGAAGAGGAUUGAGAGAAUGUCAUAUGGUCAGAUGAAACCAAAAUAGAACUUUUUGGUAAAAACUCAACUCGUCGUGUUUGGAGGACAAAGAAUGCUGAGUUGCAUCCAAAGAACACCAUACCUACUGUGAAGCAUGGGGGUGGAAACAUCAUGCUUUGGGGCUGUUUUUCUGCAAAGGGACCAGGACGACUGAUCCGUGUAAAGGAAAGAAUGAAUGGGGCCAUGUAUCGUGAGAUUUUGAGUGAAAACCUCCUUCCAUCAGCAAGGGCAUUGAAGAUGAAACGUGGCUGGGUCUUUCAGCAUGACAAUGAUCCCAAACACACCGCCCGGGCAACGAAGGAGUGGCUUAGUAAGAAGCAUUUCAAGGUCCUGGAGUGGCCUAGCCAGUCUCCAGAUCUCAACCCCAUAGAAAAUCUUUGGAGGGAGUUGAAAGUCCGUGUUGCCCAGCAACAGCCCCAAAACAUCACUACUCUAGAGGAGAUCUGCAUGGAGGAAUGGGCCAAAAUACCAGCAACAGUGUGUGAAAACCUUGUGAAGACUUACAGAAAACAUUUGACCUGUGUCAUUGCCAACAAAGGGUAUAUAACAAAAUAUUGAGAAACUUUUGUUAUUGACCAAAUACUUAUUUUCCACCAUAAUUUGCAAAUAAAUUCAUUAAAGAUCCUACAAUGUGAUUUUCUGGAUUUUUUUUUUCUCAUUUUGUCUGUCAUAGUUGACGUGUACCUAUGAUGAAAAUUACAGGCCUCUCUCAUCUUUUUAAGUGGGAGAACUUGCACAAUUGGUGGCUGACUAAAUACUUUUUUCCCCCACUGUAUAUGGGACGGUGGAGAUCGCAAUUCAAUAUUGAAAAGGUCGGAGAGACAGACACGCUUUUCUCCUUCGAAAAACAACUGCUUCAAUGGGGGUGUGGCAGAUAUCAAAACUUCUAAUCUUCUCUCAUAAUGUGAGUUCUUUACAAAAAUCUAUUCUUAGAAAGGCCACAUUCGUAUUUUGUUCCUGUGGUGCCAAAGAAAAUUAUCCAAAUUAUUUUUUUCUCAGUAUUCAGCAGUUCCAAAGCAUAAUGUGUGUCUUUGUGUGUUGUGUAAAACAUUUAAAAAGGCCAGCACUCACUUGCGAUGGAAGCUUUGUUUUACGUUUCUUAAACUCAAAGCAUGUCUUAAUAGACCACACGCUGACAUAUUUUGGUUGUUGUGUUCCAGGAGGCUCUGUUCUUUAAAGAGAAUGUGGCCCACCUGUCUGGUGGAGGUCGUUUCUUCAACGCCACCUUCCAGGUGUCAGCGUGUACAGGUGCUGGUUGUGGGCCCUGGAGCCAGCCUGUACUUGUCAUGCCCGCCUCAGGUCAGUGAGCCCCUCUGUCACUCUCCAUCAUUAGCCCGUCUGCCCCUCUAGCCCUGCCACUAUCCAUCUAGUAGUCUAGUUGUUUUGAAACCUAUGCUCCAAAUUUGAAGGUGACGGGGCGUUGUGUUGUAUGUAAAGCUGUGUGUGUGUGUGUUCCACACAGCAGUGGCAGCCCAGAUGCAGAGAGGCCAUAUGUGGGUGGGUCUUCUGUUGGGCCUGCUGGUGGCCACAAUGGUGGGGCUUCUUUUGACAGUCCUAGUGCACCGCAGAGGGAAGGAGACACCGUUUGGGUAUGCUGCCAUUGCUCUCUUGCUAGACAAGACCAAAGCCUUUCAAAUAAACAUUAUUUUCUGUUUCAAUUCAUUAGCAUGAGCUGAAAGCACCAUUUUAAUGAAUUGACUGACCUACAGUAAACAACAGCUGCUAAAGAGCAUGUUUUCCCCCCAAGUACACUGACUUUACAUAUAGGCCUUCUGUCUGCAGUAUUUACCAGAAUCAGAGGCAUUGUGUGAAUAUUUUAUGACUGCAACCUUCCUUAUUUCUUCCCUUCCUUAAAGUUAUCACUGAGCUGACAUGAUUGGAUGAGGGAAAGCAAGAUUUCCACUACAUUCUGUUCACCAAUGUCUUUGCCAGAUCAGUGGAUUACCCCAAGGAAGGAAGGAUGCAUUUCAGAAGUAUUCGAACAGGAGCGACUUUACUGCAAGGUUACAAAACCAAGGCAAAGCAGGAAUAACAGCGCAGUCAUAAAGUAUUCAAACGAGGCCUCUGAUUCUGGUAGAUAUUGCAGACAGUAGACCUGCCGGCGCCAAUACAGUAUGUGAACGCAGGACUGUGCUUGUCCUUGCAGGUCUGUGUUCAAACCCCCAGGGACUGAGAGCAUGGUCUCCUUCACUGCAGCCAGGUCAUUCAACAGGACCUGCCCAGAGCUCCCAGAACUCAGCUGUAAGUAAAGUCAGUCGUGUUUGGCUUACGGUCUCCACAAAUAAAGUUGCCGCCCUCUAUUGACACGUACUGUAGUGCCUGUAGUCAGUGGACCUGGAUGGUGAAUAAUACAUUGAAUCGGUGUCUCCCACCAGUGGACAGCUUGGGUAUCAAUGACGAUCUAAAGGCCAAACUGCAAGACGUCCUGAUCCCAGAAAGACUACUGACCCUCGGACACAUGUUGGGAAAAGGUUGGUGAGGGCUUCCUUGUGUACUGUUUCUAUACAAAAUAGCUCACACCCUUUAAAUGUGCUGACUAAAAGUAGUGUUGACAAAAUGUUGUGGAUGCUAGCGGCUGCAAAAGAGAGCAUUUACAAACGUCUGGCAUGGCCUAUAAUCAUGACUGUGUAUUGCUAAAUAACAAGGCAGACCUAAUGUCUGUGUUGUGAUGUUUUGGAAUAUGUUGAAUUGUACCAAAGUGUUUAUUGUCCCAGGAUUAAUGUGGCAGUGAUUUUUCUGUGUUUGUGUAGGUGAGUUUGGCUCAGUGCGUGAGGCCUUCCUAAAGAUGGAGGACAGUACUGUACAGAAGGUUGCAGUGAAGGUGCUCAAAAGUGAGUGAGAGACUAUUGACUUUACAUUUUAACUGCCUUUUUAUAUGAAUGUGUACAGUCAGUGGAUAUUACAUUGAUACAGUUGAAAGUAGAUUUAAUUUAUUCCCGGGAUGGGACUUCCUUUGUGUGCACGUGCUUGGGCCUAAUCAUAGAAUUACAGAAUCUCUAUUAAUUUUAAAGGAUCGCUGUCGGCCUAGUAGUAAAGAUUUGUCGUCUAACUUUUAAAGUGUAUUUUCUUUUAAUGUGUCAUAAACACAACCAGUCAUGAUGUUUUCAUCUGAUUGUCAAACAAUCACUUCAAACGGCUCCUGUAAGCCUGGCUACCUGCGCAUGUUCGUCCACUCUAAAAAAGAAUUCCAGCAUCCAUACGGUGCACUGUGUACCCGCCAUUUGAUGAAUGGAAAGAGACAGCUGUUACAAAACACCAAAAAGUGGAAUGAAUGACAUUUGGCGAUUUGUCAAAAAGGCCUAAACUUGUGUAACCUGAAUUGAUGCGUCCACUGCUGUUUGCGUGCGUCUCAGUCUCGGCCACUCAUCUCUGCCUUGGCAAAAUGUCACUAUAUUGUCGAACCACAUAGCAUUUUGGAGCAUACUUCCACAUGUUUUCAAGUCCAUUCUUGCAUGUUUUAUGACAUUGACAUGCAGUAGGCUAAUGAUAAAUAAUAGUGUAAUAGCCUACAGUUCUUCUUGGCAUCUUUGUUUUAAUUAUUGUGAUAGGCUCAUGUUUUACCAGUAGGCCUACGGCGUGCCCCUACUAUUUAUUUUGCCAGAACUCCAUACCGGCUUACUUUCACCCCUGAUGUGAACUAAUAAGUCCUUGCAAGUUGUGAUAAUUGUUAUGUUUUCUGUCAUUUAUCCUUCAGCGGAUAUCAACUCAUCAUGUGAUAUUGAACAGUGCCUGAAGGAGGCUUCUCAUAUGAAGGACUUCGAUCAUCCUAAUGUCAUCCAGCUCAUUGGUUAGUAGUGAAUAUAUAAACCCAUGACUUGGGCCAACGUUUAUUUCAAUUAAAUUCAUUACAACUUUAUUUACGAAAGGCAUUGCCAGAUUACAAAUAAUAAUAUCUUCCACAAAGGAGUACAACAAGUAGGCUACUUAUAGGUUCGGAGAAAGUGUUGUAACUGUGUCAUUACAGCAACUCAGUGCAGUGAGUUGUUGAUUAUAUUUUAUAAUUAUAUUGAAUAUAUUUUGGUCCUCCAGGAGUGAGUUUGCACAGACGGCCUCAGCAACGGUUGCCCAUCCCCAUGGUUAUCCUGCCAUUCAUGAAGCACGGGGACCUUCACACAUUUCUGCUCUUGUCCCGCCUUGGAGAUGAGCCCUUUGUGAGUGCCCCCUAUACAUUUUAUACACACUUGUAUGCAUACUAAAAUAGAUACCCAAUACUGGAAUACAUACACUGAGUGUACAAAACAUUAGGAACACUUUCCUAAUAUUGAGUUGCACCGCCUUUUGCCCCCAGAACAGCCUCAAUUCAUUGGGGCAUGGACUCUACAAUGUGUCAAAAGCAUUCCACAGGGAUGCUGGCCCAUGUUGACUCCAAUGCGUCCCACAGUUGUGUCAAAUUGGCACAAAGUGUUGCAGUUCUUGACACACUCAAACCGGUGCGCCUGGCACCUACUACCAUACCCCGUUGAAAGGCACUUAAUUACAGUGAGGGAAAAAAGUAUUUGAUCCCCUGCUGAUUUUGUACGUUUGCACACUGACAAAGAAAUGAUCAGUCUAUAAUUUUAAUGGUAGGUUUAUUUGAACAGUGAGAGACAGAAUAACAACAAAAAAAUCCAGAAAAACGCAUGUUAAAAAUGAUAUAAAUUGAUUUGCAUUUUAAUGAGGGAAAUAAGUAUUUGACCCCCUCUCAAUCAGAAAGAUUUCUGUCUCCCAGGUGUCUUUUAUACAGGUAACGAGCUGAGAUUAGGAGCACACUCUUAAAGGGAGUGCUCCUAAUCUCAGCUUGUUACCUGUAUAAAAGACACCUGUCCACAGAAGCAAUCAAUCAAUCAGAUUCCAAACUCUCCACCAUGGCCAAGACCAAAGAGCUCGCCAAGGAUGUCAGGGACAAGAUUGUAGACCUACACAAGGCUGGAAUGGGCUACAAGACCAUCGCCAAGCAGCUUGGUGAGAAGGUGACAACAGUUGGUGCGAUUAUUAGCAAAUGGAAGAAACACAAAAGAACUGUCAAUCUCCCUCGGCCUGGGGCUCCAUGCAAGAUCUCACCUCGUGGAGUUGCAAUGAUCAUGAGAACGGUGAGGAAUCAGCCCAGAACUACACGGGAGGAUCUUGUCAAUGAUCUCAAGGCAGCUGGGACCAUAGUCACCAAGAAAACAAUUGGUAACACACUACGCCGUGAAGGACUGAAAUCCUGCAGCGCCUUCAAGGUCCCCCUGCUCAAGAAAGCACAUAUACAGGCCCGUCUGAAGUUUGCCAAUGAACAUCUGAAUGAUUCAGAGGAGAACUGGGUGAAAGUGUUGUGGUCAGAUGAGACCAAAAUCGAGCUCUUUGGCAUCAACUCAACUCGCCGUGUUUGGAGGAGGAGGAAUGCUGCCUAUGACCCCAAGAACACCAUCCACACUGUCAAACAUGGAGGUGGAAACAUUAUGCUUUGAGGGUGUUUUUCUGCUAAGGGGACAGGACAACUUCACCGCAUCAAAGGGACGAUGGACGGGGCCACGUACCGUCAAAUCUUGGUUGAGAACCUCCUUCCCUCAGCCAGGGCAUUGAAAAUGGGUUGUGGAUGGGUAUUCCAGCAUUCCACACACGGCCAAGGCAACAAAGGAGUGGCUCAAGAAGAAGCACACUAAGGUCCUGGAGUGGCCUAGCCAGUCUCCAGACCUUAAUCCCAUAGAAAAUCUGUGGAUGGAACUGAAGGUUCGAGUUGCCAAACGUCAGCCUCGAAAACUUAAUGACUUGGAGAAGAUCUGCAAAGUGUAGUGGGACAAAAUCCCUACUGAGAUGUGUGCAAACCUGGUGGCCAACUACAAGAAACGUCUGACCUCUGUGAUUGCCAACAAGGGUUUUGCCACCAAGUACUAAGUCAUGUUUUGCAGAGGGGUCAAAUACUUAUUUCCCUCAUUAAAAUGCAAAUCAAUUUAUAACAUUUUUGACAUGCGUUUUUCUGGAUUUUGUUGUUGUUAUUCUGUCUCUCACUGUUCAAAUAAACCUACCAUAAAAAUUAUAGACUGAUCAUGUCUUUGUCAGUGGGCAAACGUACAAAAUCAGCAGGGGAUCAAAUACUUUUCCCUCACUGUAUUUUGUCUUGCCCAUUCACCCUCUGAAUGGCACACGUACACAAUCCAUGUCUCAAUUGUCUCAAGGCUUGAAAAUCCUUCUUUAACCUGUCUCCUCCCCUUCAUCUACACUGAUUUGAAGUGGAUUUAACAGGUGACAUCGUUAAGGGAUCAUAGCUUUCACCUGGUCAGUCUGUCAUGGAAAGAGCAGGUGUUCUUAAUGUUUUGUACACUAACCCUGUAACACUAUAAUACACUUCUGCCCAGCAUGUGUCCAGAGAACUCAAGGUCUUCCACUGUUACAUUUGACUGUUUAGAUACAGAAUGUUUUAAAUCAUUCCUUCAUUUCCUGUUAUCGACUGUAGAGGAAAGACCAGGUUGACCUGUGGGGCCAAUUUAUUUGUUGUUUUUUUCGAUAGUAGACUUUGUAAUUGAUGUAGAGCUUCAAAUCAUGUUUUAACAAAGUAAUCUUGCUGUCUCCCUCACACAGACAGUGUCACUGCAGAUGCUCAUACAGUUCAUGUUGGACAUCGCUCGUGGAAUGGAGUACCUGAGCAAUAAAAACUUCAUACACAGAGAUCUGGCUGCGCGCAACUGCAUGUGAGAAUCUACGAGCAGAGUAGACAGUGGCUUUAUCCCAAAUGGCACCCUAUUCCCUAUAGGGCCCUGGUCAAAACUAGUGCACUAAAUGGGGAAUGUGGCAACAUUUGAGACGCAACCUGUCACUUUACUCUUUCCUAACUGGAACUCCCUCUAAUAUGGUUUAACACUGAAUUUACUAGAGCUUUCUUUUGCCUGUGGGUUGGAUUGUGACCAUCUCCUGUCCUUUGUUCAUAGGCUUAGUGAAAACUUGACAGUCUGUGUGGCAGACUUUGGCCUGUCAAAGAAAAUCUACAGUGGCGACUACUACAGACAAGGAUCUGUCUCAAAGCUGCCUGUCAAGUGGAUAUCUCUGGAGAGUCUUGCUGACAAUGUCUACACUACUCAGAGUGAUGUGGUACAUACAAACAUAGACGCGCCCUCAUCUUGGUCACAGUACACACAAACUCAUACCUUCAUUUUCUAAAUGAUGGUGACACUGUAGGGUGGUAAUAUUUGAGUUUGGGAUCCCCAUCUUGAAAUCCUCUUUGUGAAAAGGAUUACAUUUGUGUUUUGUUAUGCAAUUCAAUGCAUCAUGGAUAGGAUGUUUAUUUUGUUUCCAGACCAAUCAAUUUCAUUUUUGAAUUUUUGAACCAUGUAGUGGCCCCAGAAGUUCACUGACUGAGUCCCUGUUUAAUAGAUAAGAUGUUGUUUGUUUUUGGAACUGUCAAUUCCUUAUUUUUGACUUUAAUGGCCCAGAAGUUAACUGACUGACUCUGUUUUCCCACAGUGGGCGUUUGGAGUCACCAUGUGGGAGAUCAUGGCACGGGGGCAGACCCCUUACCCUGGGGUGGAGAACUCAGAAAUCUACGAGUACCUCAUCAAGGGAGAGAGGCUCAAACAGCCACCUGACUGCCGAGACGACAUGUGAGUGGUCCACUGGGUCUGAUCGAAAAGGCCUUCAUCAGAACUGAUGGGAUCGGUGCUAUACUUUUCAAAUGACUUAAACAAUCAAAUUAUCAUCAUUGGUGCCAGAUUAAUAUUUUUACUGCCUAUUUAACCAGGUAACUCAUUGAGAACAUAUUCUCUUUUACAAUAAUGACCUGACAGUUCGAAUCGUCUUCCUCUUUUUUUCCCAGUUACGAGAUCAUGCAUAGCUGCUGGAGCCCUGUUCCCAAGUGCCGCCCCAGUUUCCAGCACCUGAUUGACCAGCUGGAGAGGCUGUGGGCCAGCCUAUCCCCAGGGCCUAGCUGUAUUAAGGAGGCCCUUCUCUACGUUAACCUGGAGAAUGACAAGGUGGAGCAGGGCGCAGGGGCACUGGGCACAGGGUCAGCAAUGCCCUGGCAGUGUGUGGGGAUGGAGGAAGAUGAAAAAGACUGGCUCAUGGUGUCUUCUGGGGUAGCUCUGGCUAUCGGUGGAGACUACCGCUACAUCAUUGGCCCUACCUGUAAUAGCAAUGAAGAGGAGGACGGUGGGAGGCAGGUUGACUCGAUGGAUACCUUGCAGCAAGAAGUUAGGGAUGAGAAAUAUGAAGACACGUUCAUUAAUGUGUGAUUUUAUAUUUCGACCACCAUGCUGCCUCCCCUGCCCUGACCGCAACUGACCUUGUGUACAGAUUUCACAGACUGGCAAAUUGGUUGUGGUGGGUUGGUCACUCACUACUGCCUUCCAGUGAAGUUUCUGAAAACAAAUGGCUGCUCACCAGCAUUACUUAAUGGAGCAAAGUUGGAUUGCAGUGCAUAUCUUACUGAACUUUUCUACCCAUUUUAUUGCAAGUUAUUCUGUGUAUUUUUGUACUUUAAACUAAAUGACUUCACACCCAGACACACACAAUCAGCCUUACUAUUACUUUGACAAAAAGCACAGUACAUUUAGAUCUUGACUGAUAUACAGUUAGUUAACUUUUCAAUGGAAAACUCACUGACAGAGGCAUUAUUUAGUAUGUAGAUACGCACCUUUUGAUGUUUAGGGACUGAAUUUAUUAACAAAUGCUCCCUAUGUCCCUAGUGUGCACUGUACUGUAGGUAUUGAACAUUGGUAUUUGUUGCUUUGCGAACUUACUCCCUUUCAUACUGUUGAAAAGAAAAUUACUCUUUGCAGUAAGGAAUUGAGACCAAAAGCUCAAGAGAAGUUUCAAGUGUUUAUUACCAAGGAUGCCGUCAGCUGAGUGCAUACAUUUAGAAAGUUCACAACACAUCUUAUACUCUUCCCUCCUUUUGGUCACCACCCUCUUUUAGGUGUCACCUACCCAGCUAUACAUUUUAUGACCCCAAUGAGUUUCCCUUAUCUACCCUGUGGAAUGUCCAUGGUCCUCUCUUUGGUUAGCUAGAUGUCAGAAUCACACCCCGUCCAUCUUCAUUGUCCUUGGCCUGACCCUGCUCCCUGAUCCGAGGCAAUUUCCUCUUAUCUGAUUAGGUCAACCUUUCCAAAUUAGCAUACAGUUUCAUGGCCUAAACUUCAUUAAUACUCACUGUAAUCACUCACUAAACAGGAUACAAACAAACUACAGUUUAACUUGAAACAUGUUAUAUUUGAACAGAAUCCAUCAAUACCCUAAACUCAAUAUAAAAAGCAGCUCCAGUCCAAAAGUGUCUAUUACACUCAUUCUUAAUCUGUAUUCUUAUUUAACCUUAGAAUAACAUUUAAUGGGACCACGACUGUUAGAAUCCCUUAAAGCAGUGGUCACCAUCCUUUUCUGAGUCCAGAUCACAUUCUGAGUCCAAAUGCAAGCAGAGUUCUACUGCUCAGAUUUAUAUUUUAUUUUUUACAUUACUUUAAAAAAUGUAUGCUUAUGCAACAUUAACCUAUUAAAAACAGUACUGUAGCAAUGAGGUUUGUGCAGUAGGCUGUAGACCCAAUACAUUAUCACUGCAUAUUGGAUUUGCUUCAAUUGCCCUGCCAAUGUUGUUCGGACCAUUUAAAAAUAUAUACUGAACAAAAAUAUAAACGCAACAUGCAACAGUUGGCAUUGUGUGACAACUGCAGCACAAGGUGCACCUGUGUAAUGAUCAUGCUGUUUAAUCAGCUUCUUGAUAUGCCACACCUGUCAGGUGGAUGGAUUAUCUUGGCCUAAGGGGAACUGCUCAAUAACAGGGAUGUAAACGAAUGUGUGCACAAAAUCUGAGAUAAUUUUUUUUUGUGCAUUUGGAAAAUUUCUGGGAUCUUUUAUUUCAGCUCAUGAAACAUGGGACCAACACUUAGCAUGUUGCGAUUAUAUUUUUGUUCAGUAUAGAUAAAAGGAUAAGUAGCAUAUCAUUUUUUUAUGUUUUCAUUUUUGUUCAGUGUAUAUUUCAAAAUGUAUGGUAGGCUAUAUGAUCACACCAGUAAUAGAUCAGUUGUAUUACUUGUAAGGCACAGCUGAGUGAGCAUACAUUUUAAAUAAUUAUUUUGGGGGGGCUGAUGGUGCCUGCAUCUGAUGGUCAGUCUCAGCGGAGGGAGAGAGCAGCAGACUGAGGGUCCACCUCUCAACGUCCCUCCACUCUCCCUUUCCUUUGCUGACCAAAAAGGAACACGGUCUUCCAGCUGAUGGUGAAACUCGAGUCACACCGCAUUAUUUCUGCCUCAUGCACAAAUUAAUGUUACUGGUAUGAACAGAGAAAGUGAAAUUCCUUGAUAUUAAAGACCCAAGCCUCUAAUAAUAACAACGCAAACGAUACACUUUCCUACUCAUUACAGAUGCAGUGCUGGUUGUAGCCCGUGGAAGUAGGAAGAAUGCGCAUUUUAUGGCUUAUAAAAGUGUUGAAUAAAAACUGUUGACAGAAGCUCUUUGCUGUAUUCCUUGACAGUCUCUCUCGUCAUGGUUUUAAACGGUUUGAAAUCUCACAGUAUCAACUUUGCUGUAUGUUAUUCUUUUUUUAUUGCCUGCUACUUUACUGCAGACACUGUUAUCUGAGCCAUGUGAUUAGCCAGCGGUAGGCCUAUAUAGCACUUGAUUUGCUCUCCGGGGCCGUUUGCACCUUCAGACACAUGAAAUGGUCCAAAAUGGGAACACUUCGCCUUCCCGGCGCGGAGGGCAGCUGAAUCGGGUCCACCUACCGUCAACAGUGCGAGACAAAUAAAAUAGGAACGCAAGGCUUUAUCGUUGGGUUUUUUACAUACAUUUUUGGCGAUCGACUAGGAAUGCCUUGGAGAUCGACCAGUCCAUGGCGAGGACCGGUUGGUGACCGCUGCCUUAAAGGGAUACUUAGGGAUUUUUGCAAUGAGGCCUUUUAUCUACUUCCCCAGAGUCCUAUGAAAUCGUUGAUACCAUUUUUAUGUCGGUGCAUCCCAUUUGAAGGAAGUUUCUCACUAGCGCUAGCACAACUGCUAACUAGCGUUAGCACAAUAACUGGAAGUCAUAGCAGAUACCCAUAGACUUCCAGUCAUUGCGCUAAUGCUAGUUAGCAUUGGGUCGCGAAACUACCUCCAACUUCCUUAAUACUGGACAUGGAGACAUAAAAAUGGUAUCAACAACUUCAUCUGACUCUGGGGAAGUAGAUAAAGACCUCAUUGCCAAAAUCCCAAAGUAUCUCUUUACAUUUUUUGUCAAUGAGUUAUUUUGAAGAGUACCAUUGAGAAUUGAUGAAACAGGAUAAUAUGCAGAACGUUGUAUGUAUUCAAUAACUAAGUUUACCAGAGUGUGAAUAUGGAUAUUAUGUGUUAAGACAUUAGCCUGAUAAAAUGGGAGUCUGUCGUUCACUGAUGUUCAAAGUGCUUACAGAGACACCCUUGAUUUUGCAUUCUGGAGCAUUCCAUGUAGGCUAUGGGAUAUCAAGGGACAUUAUGUUUUAAUAUGUAUAUUUUCAAUGUAUUUUUUGUAUAUUGUUAUAAAAUAAUGUCCAUAGAUACAACCCAGAUCAUUAAAAACAAAGACUUAUGAAGCUGAUGCUUUGUGUUGUGAUACUCUGACCAGUCCAUCCUUACCAGCCAGUGCCUAGUUGUUUGACAUUUGUACAUAAAGCUACAAUGUAAUUCACACCUCCAAGUGUAAGUAAAUAAAAAGUAUUGGUUGUUUCAUGAUCGUAUGGUAUAUUUGUCUUUAUACCUUCUGGGAGAGCAUGGAACUCACCCUCAGCCUAACUUCUAUGUGCCCCAGCUGAUCUGGAUAAAUGUAGUUAAAGAAAGUAAUUUUAAUGUAAAUUGUUAGAUACUAACCACGUUUUCAUGCAGUAAAGUCAUACUGUAUAAAAAAAAAAAAAAAACAUGACCGCUGUUUCUGUACAAUUGUAUAAAUGCCGACAGAAUUUGUUCGUUCGACAUGGUGGGAUCUUUUUGUUAUGCGAAAAAUGGCGGUGGAAACCCCUUUAUGCGCAAAUAUUGAUAAUAUAACCAUCAUAUUGAAGUAAACUUGGGAGUCACGCGAUGAUAUGGUGUGUGUGAUCCUCCCACUACGACUCGGCAAACCAUGUAGUGUAUUGGGCUACAGAUGAAAUAAAUUAUGAUUAACUUCACAGGGUAGUGAAAGUCCACGGUGAUCUUGAUCCUCCUUUUCCAAUAAAUAUUGAGGGUCUUAUUCUGGUGACAUGAUUGAUGCUUGACAAAAAAAUAUUCUGUUUUUUAUCCAUAAUAAUCUCAUCAUUUAGAUUUACUAGCCGACGGCCACUGUAUCUGCGAGCUGUUGGCUAGAGCGCAGGUGCCAAGACCAGAGAGACUAGAGUUAAAUGCGAUGGAAUUUGAAUUGGGUACAUGAAAAACGUAAUGGUGGACUAUGUAAUAAGCACUGAUUUGGUGGAAACACACCAAUGGUGGGAAAAUGCGCAUAUUUACUUCAUGUGGAUUAUUGAAUAUUUUCGCAUAUAAAUCUGUCGCCAAUUGGAUGGAAACCAAGUUUCUGAGAUUUGUAUUUUAUCCCAAUCCCUCCAGACACACACACACACACACACACACACACACACACACACACACACACACACACACACACAGAGAGAGAGAGAGAGAGAGAGAGAGAGAGAGAGAGAGAGAGAGAGUGGACAGGACAUAGUCAGCCUGGACCAGUUUAGGGAUAAAGUGCUCAAAGACACAACUGCAGGAGAUCGCAUCUAGGAUUUGAUACCUGGAACCCUCCAAUUGCUAGCUCAUAUCCCACCAGAUUUCCCUGACAGACCCGGGAUUCGACCUGCCUCUAACUGCUAUCCCAUAUAAACCCUUCGUAAAUGCAGAAUAUAUUUGCAAAUGACAGGAAAAUAUGACGAUGUGCCCUUGAGCAAGGCACUUAACCCUCUUUUCUCCCAUAAAUCGCUCUAGAUAAAAUGUAAAUGUAUAUUUUCUGUCAUGUCAUGGGGCCCCCAUUGAUUUUGUUAUGUUUGUGUCACUCAGAUAGCAUAAGAACAUGGCAGAAUGUGUAGAAUCGCAGAAAACAUCCUUUAAAACUGUAAAAUGUUCUCUCAGCCAUUGCAAAAUGUGUAGAGAUGCAGAAAACAACCUUUAAAACUGUCAAAUGUUCUCUCAGCCCCAUGCCAAAAAUAUGUAGCUCCACGCUAACUUUACUACCCCUGCUGAAAAAAAAUCAUACGGGAAACACUGCAUUUCAACUGCCUCAAAUUUAGUACAACUGUCUUUUAGCUUUUGCCUCAAACCAAAACCACUACUGCGUUGUUUAUGUUGAUCUCAUGGGCUGUCAGUGUUUGAAUCCAAAUGAAUGGACAUCCCCAGCCCUCAGUUUUACAGACUCGGGAUUGUGGCUAUAAUGAUUGUAAAUGCAAUUUGUGCUGCGUUCAUAACCAAAUGGGAAGGUGGUAUUUACCACAUACGACUGGGAAAAUCCACUUGUCUCCAACUGGUAGCCUAAUUGCUAGUGGGGAAACCCUGUCUAAACCGGAUGCAGUUUGAUUGACAUCUUAAGUGGAGGUCCAAUUCACAAUCGUUGCCACCUCGGCCCUCGAUUUAGCGAGUGAAGAACUUUGAUCACUUUUGGGGUUGAUAUGACCCACAGGUUGCAUUCCAAACACUUAAAAGACACACCUGUUAAAUGCAAACUAUAGUAAUGUGUCAAACUCCGGUGGCCGCGAAGUGUCAAAUGUAAUCAACAGGGGCUGCAUUUUCGGCAUGUGAGACAUAAUGAAGCUAGCUUGCUAAAACAUAUUUAGAUGACAUUGAUUUUAUCGUUGGCAAAUUGGAAUGACCCUCAAAUUGGCUGUCUCGUAGUGAAGAGCCUACAACGUAGCUAGCUUCAUAAACAUGUAUUGGAAUUCUGAAAUGUAUUGGAAUAACUACUUGAGUAAAAGUAUUUGGUUUUAAAUAUACUUGAGUAUCAAAAGUAAAUGUAAUUAGUAAAAUAUACUUAAGUAUCAAAAGUAAAAGUAUAAAUCAUUUCAAAUUCCUUAUAUUAAGCAAACCAGACGGCACAAUGUAUGUUUUUUUAAAUGUACAGAUAGCUAGGGGCACACUCCAACACUCAGACAUAAUUUACAUACGAAGCGUUUGUGUUUAGUGAGUCCGUCAGAUCAGAGGCAGUAGAGAUGACCAGGGAUGUUCUCUUGAUAAGUGUGUGAAUUGCAUUCUAAAUGUAAUGAGUACUUUUGAAUGUCAGGGAAAAUGUAUGGAGUAAAAAGUACAAUAUUUUCUUUAAGAAUGUAGUGAAGUAAAAGUAAAAGUAAAAGUAGUCAAAAAUAUAGAUAGUAAAAUAAAGUACAGAUACCCCAAAAAAACGACUUAAGUAGUACUUUCAAGUACCCCCUGUAUAUAGCCUCGUUAUUGUUAUUUUAUUGUGUUACUUUUUAUUAUUUUUUACUUCAGUUUAUUUGGUAAAUAUUUUCUUAACUCUUUCUUGAACUGCAUUGUUGGUUAAAGGCUUGUAAGUAAGCAUUUCAUAGUAAGGUAAUUGUAUUAGUAAUACCUGUUGUAUUCGGCGCAUGUGACAAAUAGUUUGAUUUGAUUUAAUAUAUUUCGUUUUUUAGUUUUAGAUUUGUGUAUUGUUGUGAAUUGUUAGAUAGUACUGCACUGUUGGAGCUAGGAACACAAGCAUUUCGCUACACCCGCAACAACAAUUGCUAAAUAUGUGUAUGUGACCAAUAACAUUUGAUUUGAUAACACCGAGUUGAAAUUUAAUUACAGUGAAAUCGCAGGUAAAUUCGUGCAUUGACCAUUUCAAUCUGGUUAGAGCUGGUUGGCUAGCACAUGUAGCUUCCCCCGAAUAAGAAUGCCCACGAAUUUUGUCUGUCGUUACGUAUACAGUCGCCAUAUAGACGUGUUCAAUUUAGAUUAUAUUUAUACCCCAACCGUUCUGUCUUUGUUGAAGGGCCCCCUACCAUAAAGCGGGGAGUUUCAAACCUCCCCAUGGCAGCGUUCCGUACCACCUCAGCAUGCAUUUUCUCCCUCGGUUUUGAAUCAUGUGAUACAAAAGCGCUGAGUCUGCGCAGUAAGACGUGAACGUGCGUCCGCGGAGCUGUGACGUCGUUCUACAGCACGCAUGAUUCCUCCAGUUUGGAGAUGCGAGGUACAGUAUAUUAUGCUUUCAAUUGAGAAAAAGGAAGGGAUUAUACAAGGAAUCGACGACUACCAUCGCAUAUGUUGAUCCAUUCAAAUCUGCAAAA